AUGCGCCUUCUUCUCCUUAUUUCAAUUCUAUUCAUUAUUGUCUCAUGCGGAAAAGAGUGCGAAUUCUCGAUGCGCCUGAUUCCCGGCUUCAAUCCAUUCGUUCAACGCGACUCGAAUGGAAAAGAAUGCCGCGCAAAAAUCGAAUUACCGUUUUGUAGAGGAUUUUGCAAAACCAGCGAGAGUGGCACUCACGGAUUUCCGCCACGCGUUCAAAACAGUUCGGCGUGCACUUUGGUGAAAACGUCGAUUCGAACGAUUCGUCUUGAUGAUUGCGACGUCGGCGCUUCAGAAUCCAUCAGAUUUGUCAAGAUCCCGCACGGCGACGCAUGCGAAUGCACUGUUUUGCCGGUUGAUCAAACCAAUUUCCCAUAA